AUGGGCCAAGCACCUUCCGGCGCCAAGAGCGGGCGGCCCGCCUUGACGCAUUCGACGCCCACCUUGUUCCCAUUGCCGUCCGAUGAAUCCGAUCUCCCCGACAACGCCGUCCUCGAUGUAGAGCUCGAGAUCGUGUCCGCAAAAGACAUCAUUGCAGGCGACUAUUUAGGCGUCACGGCUCUUCUGAAGGGCCAAUUGAGCUCUAGCGACGCGUACGCAGUGAUCGAAGUGGACGGCCACAAAGUGGCCUGGACACAUCCAGUCUUUUCCACUCUGGAACCUGUUUGGAACGAGAAAUUCUUCUUUAAGAACGUCCGGCCCGACUCCUUGUGCAAGCUCUACUUGUUUGACAAGGACGUGAAUACCGAUGACGAGCUGGGAGAGACGCAGUUCACAGCGGCCAACACGGACGGCACCGUGUCAACGUUCGAGCUGGCCAUUUAUCUCCAUGGCCGAAGUGCCGGCACAAUUGUCGUCAAGUACGGCCCUGUGCGUUAUUCGGUACACUCGAGUGUGACUGCUGGACUGAUGACCAUGUCCACGUCGAACGAGGCCAGGAUCGAGUCCCUGGCGUAUCAUAUUCAGUUGCAUAAUAUCCACCAAUUUUUGCCAACGGAGCACGAGUGGAACAAGGAUUAUCCGACAAUUCAACGGAUUUUCUCUCCCGAUUAUCCAGGGUCACCAGUGUUGCGUCAGGCCAUCAUGACGCAACACGCCGUGAUCUACACCCAUGGGCCGAUGAACACCAAGUACGGCGCCAUCUCGUCGCCGCGGGAGUUCUUCAAGCUGAUUCAUGAUGGCCGGCGACAGGAUAAAGCAGUGCUGUUCACCUACGUCAUCACCAAGAACGGCUGGUAUUUCUCCGAGACUGGUGCUGCGUUUUUCAAGGAUAUGUUGUCCAAGCACAUGUUGCACUCGGGUGCUGCGUUCUCGGUCUUGUAUGCUGGCGAGUCUCGAGUGGAUAACUACUUGUUUGGAGAACCAAAGCUCGUUAUUGACAACGAUAGUGGCACGUAUGCACCACCGAAAGAGGAUCUGCCACAACUUAAGGCACUUAUGGAGGAUAACUUCCCUGGAAUGACAGUCGAGGCGUUGAAUCGCGAAAACGAAGAGCAGCAGAAGACACGCAAGGAGAUUUUGGGCUCGUGGAUGUGA